AUGGCCGCUGCCAUCAGAUCCGCUGUUAGCCGUGGGGCCGUCGCUGUCCCGGCCUCGGUGCGCUAUGCCUCGACCAAGAGCUUCUUCCCUAAUGAGCCCGAGGCUCCCGUCGUAAAGACAGCGAUUCCCGGUCCCAGCGGCAAGAAAGCCAUCUCGGAGCUCGAGCAGGUCUUUGACACGCGCAGCGUCAACUUUCUUUCCGAUUACAGCAAGAGCAUUGGCAACUAUAUUGCGGACCCUGAUGGCAACAUGAUGCUUGACGUAUAUGCCCAGAUUGCUUCUAUCCCCGUUGGUUACAACAACCCCCACCUCGCCAAAGCCGCCUCCAGUCCACAGAUGAUCAACGCGCUUAUCAACCGCCCUGCUCUGGGUAACUUUCCCUCCAGCGACUGGGGCGAGAUUCUCAAGACGGGUAUUCUAAAGGUCGCCCCCAAGGGCCUCAGCAACGUCUUCACCGCGCUUGCCGGCUCUGACGCCAACGAGCUCGCCUACAAGGCCGCCUUCAUCUAUCGCCGCCAGCUCGAGCGUGGCGGGCCCAACGUGGAGUUUACUGAGGAGGAGAUUGCCUCGUGUAUGAAUAACCAGGCACCUGGCGCCGCACAGCUGUCUAUCCUGUCCUUCAAGACAGCCUUCCACGGACGCCUCUUUGGCUCCCUGUCUACUACGCGCUCCAAGCCCAUCCACAAGCUCGAUAUCCCUGCGUUUGACUGGCCCCAGGCCACCUUCCCCCAGCUCAAGUACCCGCUCGGGGAGCAUGUUGAGGAGAAUCGCAAGGCCGAGCAGGCUUCUCUCGAUGAGGUCGAACACCUUAUCCAAAACUGGCACCUGCCGCCCGCCGCCGUCAUGGUCGAGCCCAUUCAGUCUGAGGGCGGCGACAACCAUGCGAGCCCGGAGUUUUUCCAGAAGCUGCGCGCCCUCACCCGCAAACACAACGUCUUGCUCAUCGCCGACGAGGUCCAGACGGGCAUCGGCGCCACAGGUAAGUUCUGGGCCCACGAGCACUGGAACCUCCAGGACCCCCCCGACAUGGUCACCUUCUCCAAGAAGGCCCAGACGGCCGGCUACUACUACGCCUCCCACGCCCUGCGUCCCAACAAGGCCUACCGCCAGUUCAACACCUGGAUGGGCGACCCUGCACGCGCCAUGAUCUUCCGCGCCAUCAUCGAGGAGAUUGAGCGCCUCGACCUCGUCAACCACACCGCCCGCGUCGGCGACUACCUUUACGCCAAGAUGGAGGCGCUCGCUGAAAAGUACCCCGAGCACUUCAAGAACCUCCGCGGCAAGGGACAGGGCACCUUCAUCGCCUUCGACAGCCCCAAGCGCGACCAGUUCCUCGCAAAGGCCAAGGAGUUUGGCAUCAACAUCGGCGGCUCCGGCGCCUCUGCCGUCCGCCUCCGUCCCAUGCUGACCCUCCAGGAGCACCACUGUGACAUCCUGGUCGACGGCAUGGAGAAGAUUGUCAAGGCUCUGUAA